GUGGUCGCCGGCGCCCGGCCGGCCGGCAGCUUUGACAGGAGCCUGCCCGCGUAGCGCAGGCGCCCGGCGGCCCCAGCCUGGCGAGAGUUCCUCCGCGUCCGCGGAGGAGACCGCCGCCGCGUUCGCUGCAGCCGGGGUUCAGCCGGGUGGUGCGCAAGCCGGUCGUGGGCGCUCCGGUCCUCGGCUCAGUAAGUGUUCGCUGGGCCCGCGGCCCUGCCCUCCCUCUGAGGUCGCGGGCCGCGCCCCCGACUCCAUGAAGGCAGCACGGUGUCCCACGGGGGCAGCGCCCCAGCCCACAGCAGCUGCAGCGAGGCCGAGCCGCCGAGCCGCCCCUGUCGCCGGGCCCUACCUGUAGGACGUCGCGGCCCGCCGCCAGGCCCGGGCCUUGACCAGCGCCCGGCUCUCGUGUCCGCGCCGCAGUCGGCUCCUCAUCCCCGAUCUGACGCGGAGAAGGGGGCGCUGGUCCUGGUCCCCCUCCCGCCCGCCAUGAAGGCAGAGACCGCGACCCCUGCGCGGGAGCCCCCGGCCGGGCCCAGCCUCAGUCACCUGCUGAGUAGCCGGAAGCUGGUGGCCCUGGGGGCCGUGCUUGGCUGGCUCCUGGUCAUCCACCUGCUAGUCAACGUGUGGCUGCUGUGCCUUCUGUUUGCGUUGCUGCUGGUGCUGGGAGGAUGGCUGGGCUCCGACACCAUCGUGGGGGCUUCAGGGCGGCUGCACCUGGAGCGCUUCAUCCCGAUGGUAAUUUUCUCCCCAAACCCCGAGGCCGAGAAGCAGCUGGAGCAGGAGAUCGACCGCACCAUCCGGAUGAUCAUGCGGGAUUUCGUUUCGUCCUGGUACCGCACAGUGAGCCAGGAGCCAGCCUUUGAGGAGGAAAUGGAGGCGGCCAUGCGAGGGUUGGUCCAGGAGCUCCGGAGGAGGAUGGCCAGCGUGGACAGCCAUGCUCUUGCCCAGAGGGUUCUGACUCUCUGCGGUUGUCAUCUGCAGAGCUAUAUUCAGGCAAAGGAGGCCACGGCCAGGAAGCAGAGUGGCACAGUUGAGUCCUCCCAGCUCUGGGAGGCUUACUGCAGGGCCACCGCCCCACAUCCUGCAGUACAAAGUCCCAGUGCCGAGGUCAGCUACACACGUGGCGUCGUGAACGUGUUGCUUCAAGAACUAGUGCCAAAGCCCCACUUGGAGACCCGGACCGGCCGCCAUGUAGUGGUGGAACUCAUUACUUGCAAUGUCAUGUUGCCACUGAUCAGUAAGCUCUCAGAUCCAGACUGGAUCCACCUGGUACUAGUGAGCAUCUUUUCCAAGGCCAGAACUAACCCAACAGGAGUGAGUAAACCACUCUGCCCAGCCAGUACCCUGGAACAGCCCUCGGUGCCCACAUCUCUGCCACUUAUUGUGGAGGUCCAGAGUCUAGCAGAUGCAAAAGCCCAUUCUCCAGCAGCAGCCCCAGUGCUCCUAAACUGUAGUGAGCCAGAGGGGUCUUCACAACCCUCUCCAGAAGUUGAAGAAGGUCGUGAAGCACUGGAGGGAGAUUUGGGGGGCAUGCUAGAAGAGAGAAAAGUAGGAAACAGUUCUUCUCAUUUCCUGCAGCCUCUGUUCUUAUCUGAAGACACAGAGCUGGAAUCUCCAUUGUCUGAACUAGGCAAAGAAACCAUCAUGCUCAUGACCCCAGGCAACUUCCUCUCUGCCAGGAUUCAGGAUGCCCUGUGUGCCCUGGGAGGUUCCCAGUCUCUGGAGUCUAAGGAUGGUGAGGGAUCUGAAGGAAUUGAAGGAGCAGAAGCUGAGGAGGGUCCAGGAACAGAAACAGAAACUGGCUUGCUUGUCUCCAUGCUGAAUUCCUGCCCAGAGAUCCAGAUUGACACAGCAGACAAGGAGGUAAAGCAGGGAGAUGUCACCUCUCUUACAACUUUGCUGGCCAGUCCUGAAAGGAUGUGCCCCCCACGACCCUCUUGCUUAGAGAAGGAUCUCAGCAAUGGUGUGAGCUCCCUAGAUCCUAGUCUGCCACAGGUUCUGCUCUCCUCCUCUCCACCUGGUCCCCUCAGCUCAGCCACCUUCAGCUUUGAGCCCCUGAGCAGUCCAGAUGGCCCAGUUGUCAUCCAGAACCUUCGUAUCACCGGCACCAUUACUGCUCGAGAGCACAGCGGCACCGGAUUCCACCCAUACACGCUCUACACGGUGAAGUAUGAGACGGCCCUUGAUGGCGAGAACAGCGGCGGCCUCCAGCAGCUGGCCUACCACACUGUGAACCGCCGCUACCGCGAGUUCCUGAAUCUGCAGACCCGUCUGGAGGAGAAAUCAGAUCUACGAAAGUUCAUCAAAAAUGUGAAGGGUCCUAAAAAGCUCUUUCCAGAUCUUCCAUUUGGAAACAUGGAUAGUGACAGAGUGGAAGCCCGCAAGAGCCUCUUGGAAUCAUUCCUAAAGCAACUUUGUGCCAUUCCUGAGAUAGCUAACAGCGAGGAGAUGCAGGAGUUCCUUGCUCUGAACACAGAUGCUCGCAUUGCCUUUGUCAAGAAACCGUUCAUGGUCUCCAGAAUAGACAAGAUGGUGGUGAGCGCUAUUGUGGACACCUUGAAGACAGCAUUUCCUCGCUCUGAGCCCCAGAGCCCCACAGAGGAGCUGAGUGAGGCCGAGACAGAAAGCAAGCCCCAGACAGAAGGCAAGAAGGCUACCAAGUCCAGACUGAGGUUCUCAUCCAGUAAAAUUGCUCCAGCACUGAAUAUAACUGAGACACAUGAGAAGGUUCUCUAUUGUCUCCAGGAAGGCAGUGUGGAGUCAGAGAUCCUCUCCAUGUCUGGGAUGGAAUCCUUUAUUGAAAAACAGACAAAGUUACUAGAAACGCAGCCAGCAGAGGCCCCAGGAAAAGAUUCUGAACAGAUCUCCAAGGGAUGUGUGGAUGGUUACAUGUCAGAUGCAGCCGUGCCAGCCCAUGACCUCAGCAGCAGUGAUCCAGGAACAGAGACAGAGUUGGCUGACACAGCCCUGGAUCUGCUUCUCUUGCUGCUGAUGGAACAGUGGCGAUGGCUGUGUACAGAGAACGUGCAGAAAGUUGUUCAUCUCAUCUUUGGGACCCUAAUUCAGAGGUGGCUAGAGGUGCAAGUAGCUAAUCUGACAUGUCCACAGCGCUGGGUACAGUACCUCCGGCUUCUUCAGGAGUCCAUCUGGCCCGGCGGGGUUUUGCCUAAGUAUCCUCGACCUGUAAGGACCCAGGAGCAGAAGGUGGCUGCGGAGAAACAGGCUUUGCAGAGCCUGAUGGGAGUCCUGCCAGAUAUCGUCGUAGAAAUCCUUGGUGUGAACAAAUGCCAGCUGAGCUGGAGCCUCGUCUUGGAGUCGCUGCAGCAGCCCCUCAUCAACAGACAUUUGAUUUACUGCCUUUGGGACAUCAUCCUGGAAUUCUUGGAUCUCAGUGCCUCUGCCGAGGAGUCUACCAUAACCAGCUCUGCUGCAGACACCCUGGGCAACCCCAAGAAGAUGGGCGUCUCCCCUUAGCCAGAGGUUAUCCACCCGUUCCUUCAAAGGUUAGGAAGGGAGUGUAACUCUGCCACCCAGAGACCAGUCGGGAGGCCUGUGCCCUCUGGAACUGGGCUGUGGCUCAGAAGGCCUGGGGUCUCAGUGGCACAGUCCCCCCCCCUCCACUUAUGCUCCAUUUGUAGCAGGUGAUGGGGGGCUAUAUGUACCAACCGCAUGCAUACCCCUUUCCAUGCCUCUUUGGUGGUGUUUGGAUUGUUGCUGCUGGAUGGAUCCUGCUUCCUUUGGAGAAGGGAGAUGUGAGGUAGAGGAAUGAGCCCCUUUUGCCCUCUUCCCUAAGGUUGUUUUCACACAUGUGCCUCAGCCACCAGUGCAGGCUCUAGGAAGACCAGGAGAAAAACUGCAGCCAGAUGUUCUUAGAGGAGAAGACAAUCUUCUGAGUUCUCUGUUCCCACCAAGAAACUACAGAUUCAUUCAGGACCACUCUUGAAAGCCAGACCCCUGGUGCUACCUAGCUUCCCAACAGCCCCACAAGAGGGAGGGAAACCUUUCUCAAGGCACUUCUUGCUCAUUGGCUGUUUUCCAAGACAUCAGCCCUGUAGAGGGUGUCAACUGCAGGCUGCCUCCCUGGGUGGCCACACUCUUCCUGUCCCAAAGCCUUCAAAGCGGACUGCCAGUGCGUCUGGUAGAUCCACCCCACCCUCCGCACCCUUUCCUGAGAGAGUUGCACCGCAGAUUUUCUUUAUUAGCUUUCCUUCUAACCUCCUCCCCAAGAGCAGUUGAGUUUUGGCCUUUGUAGCCUUCCCUGUCUUCCACCAACCAAAUCUCAUGGCAAGUUGCAUAUUCAACCCAGAGCUGCCAAAGGGAAGGGAAGCACUUGCUGCAUGGCUGAGAAUGCCCAGAGUGGUGGGCGUUCUCGCUUCACAAGUCUCUGGCAGGGAUCUCUUACUCUGAACUGAUAACAUUAGGAAACUUGCCCAGAAAAAGCUUUUUACUUCCUGUUCCUUUAGGAUCUCAUUAGUCUUGAAGAACACCAGUGGUGAAAGCGAAGCUGCGGCGUCCUUUAGAAAGACAGACAACUCGGAGGAAUUGGUGAAAGGAAAGGAGGGACAGAGAGCCAGGAGGCAGGGGCUGCACUGCGGUCCCGCUGUGGGGAGGGGGAGCUUGCAUGUGCUGGAGAGCGCCUGCUGCCACUGCGCUGUGACCCUCCACGUGGAGGAGGGUCUUGGGGUUAGACUGGCGAGAACAGGGUGGGUCGAGAACAAGCCUCAAGGUUCUCUAGCCUCUGAGGUAGGCGAUGCACACGGAAUUAAAACGGUUCUUGGGACAAAACUGUGAAAUCUUGCUGCUUGUCCUGCAACCCCUGGAAGGCUUUUAACCAUCAAACAUGUUCUGAGGUAACUGGGAGGCUUUAGGGGUAUGAUGAAUGCCCAAAGGCAAGGGGAUGAAUGAGGUCGUGUCACUUGGUAGCUUCUGCCUUAAAAGCUGGUUGCUACAAUGACUUUAUGGCUCCAAAGUUCUCCGAGCGUCUCGCACCCUAGGCACGUACAGGAGAAGCACGUCGGCAUUCCCGCUGUGGUAAAUGUGGGCAGGGUGCGGGCCUGCAGGGGGUCCUGCCCGCCACUGCACUGCUCCUCCGCCUCCCACCACCAGGGCCCAGGUGCUCUCCAGGAGAGGCGGGGGGCAGCCCGGUGCUCAGCUGCGCUUCUCUCCUCAUGCUUUGCUCUGGUGUGUACUUGCCACCUAUAUUGUUUUGAAUCCCUGUUACUGGUUCUGGUUCAGUGUGGCACAAAACCAGUACACAAGCUGACACACUGUAAAACCCCUGUGACUGGAAAUUUUCAACAGUCUUUUGACACUUCCAGCCCAAAGAAAACUUCCUUGUAUUUCAUGUUCUAUAGGAGACCCCACCUCCACGCUCUGCCUCAGCUGUCUUGCAGACCCUUCUUCUACCCCGAAGGGAAAUAAUAGAUAUCACCAAGGAAAUAAUCAGAACCCAACUGGCUUUGAAACGACCUGCCAUCGUUAGGUAGCAGGUUCAGGCAACAAGGGAGGUGAGCGUUUGGGAGAGAGCCACAGGUCUCAGGAAGAGAGACUCCAGCUGAGAGAGCGAGUGCUGAAUGAAGAAUUGGACCUACACUAACCUGGAACAUUCGUGAUUCUCCUUCUGUCCUACCCUGCCCAUUUAUUUCCAGCUUCCACUCUUCCUUUGCUCAUGGCACCCAACAACAGUUGUUAGGUCCUAGGCGGAGUAAAAAUAUGUGUCAACCUGGUCCCUGGCUAUAUGAGUUAGUUUGCUUUAGACUGAAGUUAAAUUACUAAGAACAUUUAUUUUUUUCUAUCAGAUCAGUACUUGAGUAAGUGAGGCCCAGGGGUUGAUGGAUCCAGCAACUCUGACCUCAUGGAGGGCCCCAAUUCUUCCCGUCUUUUUACUUGGCCUUUGUAAACAUGUUAGCUGGUCCCCAGACUGCCUACCUUUGUGGUUGCUGCAGUUCAGGGCAUCAUAUUCAUAUGUAACAAUAUCCAGGAAAGAUUGGGGGCAUCGCUCCCAUGUUUUCUUUUAAAGGAUGAGAAAACCGUUGUCCCAGAAGCCCUUCAAGACUUCUCUUCUCAUGACCCAUUGGCCAGAAGCGCCCACUCCUAAGCCAGUCCACUGACAUUGAGGAUGCAUGACCGUGAUUGGCUCAUGAUAGUGUUUACCGCCCAGGGAGGUCACUGUCCAGGAAGGUUAGAUACCUGAAAAAAUAGUUAGGUGUCAGCAAGGAAGAGGACGAGAAUGGGUGUGGAUAAACAGUGUCAGUUGCAGGGGCCAUUCUGCCAGCGUCACCAAAGCCCCCUGGUGCUCCAAAAAUAACAAACCAGCUAAGAGUAACGUUUGCCGGAGGUGCCAUUCGAAGCACUUCACAUACAUUAGCUUACGUAGCCACACGUCAGCCCCAUAAGGUAGUUGUGCUCUUUGUCCCCAUUUUAUAGGGGAACACGAGGCACAGAGAGAUGGUGACCUGCCAGUCACUUAAGGCAAAUGGCAAAGCUGCGAUACAAAUUUUGUCAGCCUGCCCUCAAGCCCACACGCAUAACCAUUCUUAGAAAGCAAAGGCAGAUUUGCUCCGUCUCACUUUUAAGGAGCCUGUGGUCUAGUAGGCUUUUUUGGUAAAGGUAAUACAUAUUUUAGGCUGUGUGGCCACAUGGUGGUCUCUGCUGCAGCUGCUCAGCUCUUCCACUGUGGCAUGAAAGCAGCCACAGACAACACGUAUUCAGACGACAGGCUGUGUUCCCAUAAAGCUUUGUUCACACAGAACGGCAGCUGGCUGGGUUUAGCCCAGGAGUAGUUUGCAGACCCCUUGUCUAGUGAGUUAGAACAGUGCUUACUGAACUUGAGUGUGUGCGUGAUUUACCUGGGGCCCUGGUAAAGACCUAGUGACUGCAUUCUAACAAGCUCCCAGAUGUAGCCAGUGAGAAUGCAGGCCUUUAGCCACACCUCGAGUAUCGGGGAUUAGAACCCGGACAACUCCAACUGGGUGCAGUUAAUGCAUCACUAAAUAUAUAGGAAGGGCAUUUAAUUGAGAUUGGGGAACCAGGGAGAGACUCAGGUGAUAAUAUCUGAGUUGACUCCUAAAGGAUUAGUGAGAAUUAGCCAGUGAAGGCAUGGCAAGCUGCCCAGAUGGAGGGAACAAUGACCCGCGUGAGUAAAGACACAUCCUGUGUGACUCCACUAAUCUGAGGUGCCUGGAGUGGCCAGGCCCACAGGACAGAGUAGAAUGGUGGUCUUGGGGCAAAAGGGGCAGCGGGUGGCUGUGUAGUGGGUGCAAAAAUUCAGCUUCAGGAUAGGAAGGAGUUCUGGAGACUUGUUUUACAGCAGUGUAUUUGUGAUGCUGCUGAACUGUACACUUAAAAGUGGUUAAGAUGGUAAAUUUUAUGUGUAUUCUAUUGCAAUUGAGAAAUUAAAAAAAAAAAUUUAAAGACAGAGCUGCAUGUGGCGCAGCACAGGGCGAGCCCAGUGUGCAGGGAGGGAGUGGCGAGAGCUGAGGCUGGAGUCCCGUGGGUGGAGAGGGCCUGUUGGGCGUGGCGUAUGAGGAACCUGGGGUGGGUUCCCUCUGCACAGUGGAGGAGAUCAUGGAAGAGUCUUCUGAGAGUGUUUUUCAUCAACAGUCCUGCUUAUGGGAACAGGGGGCUUGAUCUCACGCACAUGAACAGCCCUGCUUGGUCCUGCCCCUGGGACUCGGCUCUUCUGACUCCUUUCAUUCCUCAGCCUGUUCCCACUGCUGCUUACAUAUGAGGUGUUGGAAUCCCUCCUCUGCCACUUAGUCAGCUAUGAGGAUGCUGAUGUGGUCAGGUAACUCACCUACAUUGGGACUCAGGUUUCUCAUAGAGAAAGGGACAAAGACUUACAGCCCUUUUGAGAACUGAAUGAGAUCAUGUGUAAGAGCAGGCUUUGUAAAGCACGAGUGCCCUGCUGUGACGUGUCAGUGGCAUUAAUCCCCGCUGCUCUGCUGCUGGAAGGAGCCAUGGAGAAGCCCGGCUUCAGGAAUCUCCUCGGACCGGCCGUGCUCUGGCAAGCCUCAGCUUCCCCAGCCCCCUGGGAACCUGCUGUUUCUCCUUGGCCUCCUGUGCCCUGGAGCAAGAUGUGUUUUCUUAGGGUGAGGAGAGGAAGGUUAGCCAGCCCUGCUGGCUACAAAUGGGAGUGGGAAUUGGGAAGGAGUGGUAAUUGGGGAGGAAGGGAAACCAUGAUGCUGUGCUCCAUGAUGCUGGGCAGGCUCCGCCAUGACUUGGCCCCUCAGUUUCCUUUCCACUGGGGGAGCCAGAUAUCACAGGACCACGCUUGCUUACACUGCCUUUGUGGACCAGAGAGCAAAACCACUGAAGGGUGAAUCUCAGCCAGCACCCUCCAUCACUGCUCUGCGCAUUAAAGGAUGAGGAUGCUGCGGCACACAGAACAUUUUUUCUCAGGAGCCCGCCAGUGAGGGGAGGCUACCCCAGACAUUGCUUCCACACCCUAACGCUUGUCUGACAUUUCUUAGUACACAAAGAUGCACUGUCUGGUUUAAGAAAAAAUGAAAUGGAGAAACAUAAACCCAGAAGAAUGUGUCAAGCAAGAAACAAGUGACGAUCAUCAGCACCUUUUUCCUGCUGUGACCCAGUAGCAGCAGGGUUUGAAGCAGAGGCAGCAGGAAGCGGUGGAGGAAAUUGGGGUGCUCACAGUCACCUUGCCAGGUGCUCUAUGCUAUUCUCAGAUUCGCGGAGCCCUCCUGCUGCCUCCCUUUCACCUCUCACCUGUCUCUGAUCUGAAAGUACCUGUGAACUCAGCUUUUCUGGAAGCGAAAACAAGCAUGUGACAGAUACAGAGAACUACUCCUGGCUUUGAUGUCUUCACCAACAUUACAAAAUCUGGUUUCUCCAUGUAUCUUAAUCCUUCAGACCUUACCUACAGGCGCUUCUGUAUAAGUCACUAACACACUGUUUCUGGGAUGUGGAAGGUCGGGAGGGGAAAAUGAAAGAAAAGUAAUAGAAUCAAGAUCCAAACUUAGAAACCAUUUCUUAAGGGACGUUAUCUAUUCAUUUUAAUCUCAUAUAGGCCUCUUUGUCACCAGUCAGUGCUUGUUUAGGAAAUGCAGGCUAAUUUUAAUAUUAAAGUGUUGUAAAGAUUAAGAAGGUAUAUCUGUGGCUUAUAUAUAAAUAAUCCACACUUUGACUUUUUCUUAAUUGAAGUAUAGUUGAUUUACAAUAUUGCGUUAGUUUCAAGUGUACAGCAAAGUGAUUUGGUUAUACAUAUAUAUGUAUAUAUUAUUUUUCGUUUCUUUUCAUUAUAGUUUAUUGCAAGGUAUUUAAUAUAGUUCCCUAUGCUCUACAGUAAAUCCUUGUUUAUUUUAUAUAUGGUUGUGUGUACACUUUGACUUUUUCUUCUUCCCCAUAUGUUCCCUGUCACUGUUGCACUAUAUUACUAUGACUAGUGGAGAGUGGGCCAUACUUACUUCCAGACACUUGGAUUAAUCAAUGGGGAUAAAGAGCAAGAUAGAUAAACACAGAAGUCUGAGACUGCAGAUAAAAGCACUAACAUGACCACAGAACCUGCGACUUUUCUGUGCUGGGUAGCCUUGUGUGCUGAUCUGUAAGCUUGCGGCAUCAGCCCUUUUGCCUGUGCCCCUGUAGCUGUCAAAAAGAUGAACCAUGAUUUAGCAAAAGGUCUGCAUUUCAUUUCAUACCUUGCCAUUAGGGAGGACAGACCUUAUUGAGAAAAAAACAAUCCUUUCUUUAGAGUUUAUAUCCUUUACAAAUACAUGGAGUCCACAUUCAACAAAGUGAUGGGAAGCCAGAUUCUUUCAAGAACAGUGAGGGCACCUUUCAUUAAGGCUUCAUAUGUCUCUAGGAGAAUCAUGUGGGCUUGGUUGGCAGUAGGACUUUCACUUGGGGACAAAAUGUGUUAUGGAGAAGGUUUCACAGAAGUCUAAGGGCUUGUGUUCUGCGCUCUCCUGCUUCUGUCCUUUGGCACACGCUCUUUCUCCAGGUAGAUUCCCUUCCUUCUUCCAGCCGUGUGGGUGGGCACCCUCUGUCAGUCAGAGCUGAUUCAGGUUCCACCUUCUCCUGAAGCUUUAUCUGAUUGUGUCACUCAGAGUUAUCUACACUGCCUCUCAGGUCAGUGUGCAUAAAUGUGGGGUCUUCAGCAAGAGAUGAUAAUUCCAAGGGCAAGGAACGUUGUAUCUAUUCUACUCCCAUUAUAUCCUGCUGCC